UCCUGUUUUUUCUCUAUAUAUUUGACAUUAAUCAUUUUUUGGUUCUUUUUUGCAAUCAUUUGAUUUAUUUUUUCAUUCAGUUGUCAAGAUGACUACUAAUAGCAAAAAACACAAAGGGAAUCCUCCAAAAUCAGCAUCAACAGAUAAAGAAGGUCAGCUGAAAUUGUACUCACCAGACUAUGCUGUUAAAGUGAAUACUAGUUACCAACAAAAGUCAGAUGAUCAAAACAAGAACAUGAUGACUAGCAAAAUGGACAAAGGUCAGUUAGAGCUUUAUUCACCAGAAUAUGCACUAAAAGUGAAUAGUCCAGAGGUAAGGGUUAAGAAAGAAGGGGUGAAGAAGAUGAAACAGAAAAAAGAAAGUGAAGAAAAAGAAAAGGUAACAGCAGCUGUUGAGGGUAAGAAAGAAGAUGAUGGUGGUCCUCUGGUGACACCUUCAGCAGUCAGACUUACUUCUAGGAUUUAGCAUUUACGUUUGGAUAACAAAGCAAAUUUUAUUAGGAAUAAAUUAGAAAUGUAGAAUUAAUGCAAGUUUCUUGAUUUUUCUUAUCUUGCUUCAUGGUUUGUAUUCAACAAGGAUGAAUGGGAAUAAAGAACGGGAAAAGAAGGUUUAUAUAGAUUUACAUACAAUAUAA